GGAAUUAAAAAAAAAAAAAACAACCACAACACCGAAGCACAUCAGCUCAGCACCGUCACAGGACGCAUCCGGGCACAGUCGGGGCGGGCACGGAGCGCACUGGAGGUUUUGGCCGCCCAUGGUGGUCGCUGGUGGCCCAAGUGCUCGGGCACGCCGAGGGACCCAGCGCGGCCAUGUAGAGCAGAUGGGGACGGGAUGAGCCCUGCGCUGCGCCUGCUGCUGUCCCUGGCCAGCUGCGCCCUGCUGCGAGGUACACCGCUGCCCCCCCGGGGGGUGCGGCUGUGGGCUCAGAACUUCCACGUGCAGCUGCGGUGGGAGCCCGACCCGCAGGCACCGAACGGGACCGCGUACCAGGUGGAGUGGAGGAAGAGAACCUCCCGCUGGACCAGGGCAGACACCUGUGGGGGGAACAGCACCGGUUCAUCCUGGGUGUGUGAGCUGCGUUGUGAGGACAUCCAUGGUAUCUACUGGGCGAGGGUGAGAGCAGUGCAGGAUGGCGAGCCGUCCCCGUGGGUCAGUUCCAACGAGCUGCUGCCAUACAGAGACACAACUGUGGGCCCCCCCACCUUAUCCUGGCAGCUCCAGGGCCACAACCUCAGCAUUAAACUCAGUGCACCGCUCACCCCGUACCAGAGCAGGCAUGGAUCCUACAAACCGCUCAGCAGAGUGCUGCGGAAGCUGCGGUACCACCUGCGUCUGUACCAUGGGGAUGUGCUCCAGCAGGAGGUGCCCUGCAGGUGGACCACCAGGAAAGCAUCGUGUACCUUCAGGUUCUUGAUGCCCAGCACGCAGUACUGCAUCCACACGGUGGCAGUGGGCAUAGCCCCACAGCGGAGCCUGGAGGCUGAGCAGUGCCUGGUGACACCAGCAGGUCCUGCAGCCUUCCCCUGGGUGCUCCUGGCUGCGAUGGUUGCUGCCCUCCCACUGCUGAGUGUGCCUGCUGUCUGCCUGACCUGUGUGUACAUCUUCCCGAAGUCCUCUGAAAUGCACCUCCCAAAAAUGCUGGCUCUGCUGCCCAGCAGCGCUGCGGUGCCCACCCUGGAGCUGCAGGAGGAUGCACCAGCCCCACUGCUGCCAGCCCCCAGCGAGCACCCAGCACCCGCAGCCCCACUGCUGCUGGGGGGGUGGUGUUUCCAGGAGAGGAGCGGUUACUGCCCCAAUGGGUUUGGGAUGGAGUGGCACGAGGGUAGGACUGCACCCAGCUCCCAGCCAAGCUCCUGGGCACCAGCACUGGAGGAGGACGAGGAUGAAAGCGACAGGGAUGCUGCGGCGGUGUCUCCAGCCAGCAGCGUGAUGGAUGGGAACUAUGGGACAUCAGAGACGUGGCUCUCCCCGCACCUCCAGCUUUAUUCCACAGCUCUUGGAGCGGGCAGCAACCUUCUUCCUGCCCUGAACACCAUCAGCUUCAGCCCUGGUGAGCUGCAGGAGGACGCAGCUGGGUCCUGGGUACCACUCAGCUCUGUGAGGUUACCAGAGACCGAGCUGGGGGUGGAUGACAGCAGCACGCAGCAACGGGGCUGUCCCUGCAUGCUGCCCAGCUGGCACACAGGCACACCUCACGAGGAGGAGGCAGCAGCACCCCCAGAGCAUCGCUUUGCCUUGCUGGGGGCUCCUGAAGCAGAGUGCAAGGAGUGAGAGCCACCACCCAACCCCCACAUCUUUAUUUAUCCCCCUGUGGCUGUAGAUGUGUGCAUGAAUAGGGCACGGCCUGAUGCAGAUCUGUACCUGUGCACACACAGACAUCUCUUGGUUAGA